GUGAAUGGUUCUUUAACUGUUUGAAGGAAAUCGAUGUUGAAUUCAAAUGGUAAUUUCUUUGAUGAAUACGUCCUUCUUUUGUCAGUCUAUCAAAGAAUGGCUAUCCUCAAAGAAUUGCCUGCUUACAUCCAGUCCUUUUAAAUGGAAAUGAUGGAUGGCGAUGAAGAAAUGUGUCCAGAAUUUACUUCGUCAUGGAAGCAAAUUAAAUUUUACGAAAAUAAACACGGUUAUAACACAACUGCGAUCCUGACUCAAACCUGGAUGUAGAGUAUACCAACCCUGUUGAGAUUGUAAUGUCUCCAUCACAGAAGAACUGGCCAUUUGUCAUCAAUGUCGGUAACAGCAUCAUCGGAGUCACAGUCCUGGCCAUGCCAUACUGCUUUCAACAGUGUGGUAUUCUGCUGGGCUCCCUGCUGCUCUUCUUCUCCAUGUGGCUCACCACGGAGUCCUGUCAGCUGCUUAUGAAGGCCGGGCUCACAUCCAGACGACGCUCUUUUGAACUCCUUGCAUACUACACUUAUGGUGCUGCAGGGAAGCUACUUGUGGAGCUGGGCAUGGUGCUUCUGCAAGUGGGGACUAUGGUAGCGCAGGUGGUUGUCGUUGGAGACCUGGGGUCAGCCAUAAUUGCCAAAGCAACAGGAAUUCAGAACUCAGGUCACCUGCGUGCAGGUGUGAUCAUUCUCCUGUGUCUGUGUGUGGGUCUUCCCCUGGCCUUACACAAGGAUGUGAGGGCCCUGGCCAAGGCUAGCACCAUGUGCAUCAUGUUCUACACGCUGUUCUGUGUAUACGUGGUUUUGCUGUCCAUUCCCAACCUGAUUUCUGGUACAUGGUAUAGUCGGGUGAAUUUCUGGCGCCAGGAAGGGUUCUUCAAGUGCUUCCCAAUCUUCUCCUUCGCGUUUGGAUGUCAAACGCAGCUGUUUAUAGUUUAUGAUGCACUUGCUGAUCCCUCCCUCAAACGGAUCAACAACAUUGUGAGCUCAGCUGUACACAUGUGCACUGCCUGCUAUCUCUUGGUUGCUUUCUUCGGCUACAUCACAUUCUUCACUGUGACAGACCUGUCGGGGGACAUGCUCAACCAUCUACAGGAGAACUUGCUCAGUGAUGCACUCAAGCUUAGCUUCGUGCUCUCCAUUGCAGUCUCCAUGCCUCUCAUCAUCUUCCCGUGUCGCGUUUCACUGCACACUCUGCUGUUCCCGCCGAAACCGAAAGAGGAUGUUCCCCACAGCAGUAAGAUGCCAGAGUCCCACUUUCUGGGGAUCACAGUGUUCAUUGUGGUGGUUUCUAUGAUCAUUGCCAUCCUCAUACCCAACAUUGAGUUUGUGCUUGCAUUGACUGGAGCAACAGCGGGCACUCUGAUUUGCUACAUUUUUCCUGCACUAUUCUUCCUCAAUGUCAUGUCGGAAAAUACUGAGAAGAAAAUGACAGCAAGGGUGGUGCUGGUGAUAGGCCUGUCUAUACUGUUGAUAUGUACGUACACCACCCUGAGUCCACCAAGCCCGUCCUCCGCAGUCCCCAAUCUCCAUGGUGACUAUGUUGUCAAAGAGGAAGUCACUCUUAAGGACCUUGGUCUGGACAGACAACUGGAUAUUGAUGUGAAAGGCAAUGCAGUGUUUAAUAAGGUCCAACCUGCGGGAGGUAAGGAGCCAGUGGGGUUGAAGGACAGGCCAGGUGGAGGAAAACAGCAACCCCCUAUACCCCAGGAACCUGAUGAAAAACAGGUGCCUAUUACAAAAAAUAAAGACAAACUGCAUGGAAAAGAAGAAACAAUAAAGGCUGAUCAACAAGAUUUAGCCAUUAAAGAUAAAAAGGAGGAAACCAAAAUUAAAGAGAUGGAAGGCACAGGUAAAAAACAGGAUAUAGGGAAUAAUAAAGAUGCAAAAACUGAAAGAAAAGAUGAUGAAAAGAAAUUUGAAGCUGAAAAAAUGAACCUUGAAGAAGAAGCAAAAAAACAAGCUGUGGAAAAGAAACAAGAGCAGAUACUGGAGAAGUUAGAGCAUCAACAGGAAGAACAGAAGAAGCUGAUAGCUGAACAGAGAGAGAUCCUAGAGCAGUUAAAACAGCAUAAUGAGAAACAUAAGGUUGAAGAUCUAUGGAAUAAUCAGCAGGAGGGCGAUGGAAUACAAAAUCAAGAGGUACAUCAGGGACAACAACUGGCAAAUGUUGGACAAAAACAACCAGCUGACCAAAUAAAUAUGCAUAAAGAAGAAAACGUGCAGGUAUUUAAUGCUGAUCCAAAUUUGCAAGCUCAGAAGUUUGGUCUAGAACAGCAAGUUAAUGUUGCUCAUGGCCAACAGGUGAAUGAAAGUAAAGGCAUUAAAGGUCAACUAGAUGCAGGUCAGUUUGGUGAAGGCUACCAGUAUAACGAAGGCCUAAUUGAUAAGCUACGAAAUUUUGGUCAUGUUGAUAAACAGCAACAAUUAAAUCUUGGACAAGGCGAUGUAAAUCAGAAUUUAAAUGCAGGUCAAGUGGGUCAACAAAAUCCUGAUGAAAUCAGUCAAAUUCAUCAUAUGAAUGCUGGUAAAGUUGUUCACGGUCAGCAUAUAAAUCCAGGUUAUGUAAGUCAGGGUCUGCAGUUGAUUCCAGGUCAAGUUGGUCAGGGUCAGCAGGUGAAUGCAGGUCAAGAUGGUAAGGGACAUCAGUUAACAGAUGAUCAUAAUAAGCUGGUAAAUGCAGGUCUAUUGGGUCAAGAUGCCCAAGCUCAGCCACAAUUCAAGGAUCAACGGGGUCAAGAUAUACAAUUAGAUAUGGAACAUAUUGGUAAAGGACAGCAAAAGAUGCAUGAAGGCAAUGAUAAAGUUGAUAAUCAGAAGAAUGAGAAUCUUUCAGAACAUAAAGAAAAUGCUAUUAUUGGUAGAGAUUUAUUAAGUGGAAAAGAUAGACAAGAGGAAUAUAUCAUUCAAGCGAUAAAUGAAAAUGUUGAAGCACAAGAUACAUUAAAAAAUCGAGAGAAAAGGGAGGCAGAACUAUCAAAUGGAGACACAUUGCUGACAGGAAGACAAAAUUCAGAUGAUGAUUUGAAUGCAGAUCACAAUUUAAAAAAUAAUGAGGAUAUAAAAGAUGAAUUGACACUUACAGAGACAGAAAAAAUCAAUAUAGUAAACAACAAAGAUAAAAAUUAUAUAAAUAGUAAAACUGUGAUAGAUAAGUUAAAUGUUGAUAUCGUUGAAAAUACAAAUAAAGGUGCUGGUGUAUUAGAACAUGGUCCACUGCCUGUACAAUUAAAUUUUAAGAAGACUGAGAAUUUAGAUAAUCUCAUGGAGGGUUUAAAGGAGAAGUUGGGAGAAAGUUUUAAUUUCAGAAAAGGAACUUUUGAGAUGGAGGGGUUGCUUGUGUCAGAGAAGAAAAGAUGAAAGUCUGGAGUGUAGUGUAUAUAUUUAUUAUGUUUGAUAUACAGUCAAGUUAACGCUACCGGUAGGUUGUUUUCAAUUUAAAUCUUGAAUAUAAGACAGAAUAAUGAACAAUCAUUUAUAUUGCAGCUUUUCAAAAAUAUACUUCACCGGACAUGUACAUUUGUCAAUUUCUAAUUUAGGAAUAAAAUAGAAAUUUGAUGCACGCACUUUCUGAUGUGUUUGUGUUAUAUACGAAGAUCAGUUGCCCAUCACAUCAAAAAAAAAUGAGUCGCGUUCUGAGAAAACUGGGCAUAAUGCAUGUGCGUAAAGUGUCGUCCCAAGUCAGUCUGCACAGGCUAAUCAGGGACGACACUUUCCGCAUAAAUUGGAUUUUUGCUAAGAAGAGACUUCAUUACAACAAAAAAUGUAAAAGCGGAAAGUGUUUGUCUGGGAUGACGCUUUACGCACAUGCAUUUUGCCCAGUUUUCUCAGAAUGCUACUCAAAUAAAUAAAAAAAUAAAAAUUGCCCCAUGAGUAAUAAGGAUUGUACAGUAUUCACAACUAAGAAACUCAAGUUGAAGAUAAUAAGGUUUGCUACUUAUUAUAAUUUGUUAGGAUAUUGUAAAUAGUGGGCCACCAUGGUUACUUAUAAUAAUGUUUUUCAUAUUAAGAAACAGUUAUAUGAUAUUUUAUUGUUGAAGUGUCUGACGUUUACACUUGAUCUGUUUAUGGAUGUAAUUUUAACAUGUUUAAUUUACAAUUAUCACUUUUUGUUAAUGUUUUUUUUCAACCCUGUUUUUAAUCUGUUUGACUGUUGACAUUGGAAUAAAUGUGUGCCCCUUUUUGUAAAUUAUACAAGUAAUAAACUAAAUAAUUUAUUACUUGUAUAAUUUACAAUAAGUUUUAAUAUAAACCUAAUAUAAUUGUGAUUUAUUUCCAUAAAUGGCUGCCCACAGCAUCGUUAGCUCAAAUGUGGUAUCUGGAUGAAAAUUAGUUAUUUAGAGAUUUUGAUUGCAUUAACAUUAGUAAAAAAUGCAAUUAUAUAAACAAAUAUUGUACAAAGGAAUAAUUAUUUGUAUACAAUUGCUAUUGUAACCAACAUGAAAAAACAACGACAAUAUUUACAUUGAACAUUUUGAAUAGAAACUUAUGCGUUAAAUAUUCCAGCUUGACUUAAUAGUGCAUUGACUAAAUGUAGUUCUCUAUUUCCAGCCAGGUGUCAGUAUAGACAUCUGCUGACUUUAUUCCAUACUUAGUGCGGCUUUAAUUAUAACUCCAAAGGCUACACAAAUAUGGAAUUAAGUCAGCAUACUCUUUAAUAAUAAACUUUGACCUUGUGUUUGCCAUGGCUAAAUGGCUAUUUUGCUAUAUUUCAGAUAUAUAUAUGGUUAUAUUAUGGUUUCAAACUGUUAAUAAAGGAAUGUCAUUUUCUACAUUCAACACUGCACAUGUACAUCAAUACGCUGUUAUAAUAUUAUGUUUUGUGUAGAUGUGUUGAUUAUAAUUAUUGGCAACAUUCUUUGUUGGAUUGAAAUAGAAAUGCUGAUUUAGAAAAUGCUUUGUUUAUUUUGUUAAUGCAAUAAAUAUUUAUUGGACAUUA